AUGGAAUGGAAGGUAGUAUUUCUGCUUAUUUCUUUCACAUGUCAUCAUGUUUCUGCUCAGCUUUAUUACUCAAUAGAUGAAGAAAUAAAGCAAGGUACUGCAAUAGGAAAUAUAGCAAAGGAUCUAGGACUGAAUAUAAGAGAACUAUCAUUGAGGAAAUUUCAUAUUGUUUCAAGGGGUAAAAUGCAAUAUUUCAAUGUGAAUUUAGAAAAUGGAGAUUUGUAUGUUGUAGAAAGAAUAGACAGAGAAGAAAUAUGCGGAAUUAAGCAAAUUUGUUUAUUGGGCUUUGAGGCUGUCAUUGAAAAUCCAUUGCAUUUAUAUACAAUUAAAGUGGAAAUACAGGAUGUAAAUGACAAUGAACCAAGCUUUUCCAAAAACUAUUUUGACAUAGUGAUCAGCGAAUCUGCUUUACCUAGGGUCCGUCUAAACUUAAUUAAUGCACAAGAUCCUGAUCUAGGAACUAACUCUGUACAAGAUUAUAAAAUUGAUGAAAGUGAAUGCUUCUCCUUGGGAAUAAAAGUCAACAAUGAAGGAAUUAAAUCUCCUGAACUUAUUCUUGAAAAGCCACUGGACAGGGAACGACAAGAUGUUUAUGAACUCAUUGUAACAGCUCUUGAUGGGGGAAAACCUCCCAAAACUGGCACCACAGUCAUAAAAAUCAUUGUUCUAGAUGUCAAUGAUAAUUUUCCCAAAUUUAGUAAGGACACUUAUAAAAUAAGUUUAAGUGAAAAUGCUCCUCUUGGUUUUAUAGUUCUCCAGCUGAAUGCAAUGGAUGAAGAUGAAGAUUUAAAUGCCCAAAUCACAUAUUCCUUUCAAGAUGUUUCUGACACUGUGUAUUCAAAAUUUCAUUUAGAUCCAGUGAAUGGAACUAUUAGUAUAAUAGGAGACAUUGAUUUUGAGGUUACAGACAGAUAUGAGUUAACCGUAGAAGCUAAAGAUAACGGAGGCCUUGCAGAUCAUUGCAAAAUCAUCAUUGACAUUACUGAUAAAAAUGACAAUGCUCCUGAAAUCACCAUAACAUCUUUCUCAGCAACAAUUCCAGAGGAUUCUCCACCAUCUACAAUCAUUGCAUUAAUACAUGUGCAUGAUUUAGACAGUGGGCAGAAUGAAGAGGUGGUAUGUGAAAUUUCUGAAAACAUACCAUUUCAAUUAAUAUUAUCCUCUGCUAAUUAUUAUAAACUGGUAUCUAUUGGAAAUGUUGAUCGAGAGAGAAUAUCUUUCUAUAACUUAACCAUUAUGGCUAUGGAUAAUGGAUCACCUCAGCUAUCCACCAAUAAAACUAUUCAGCUGAAUAUUUCUGAUGUAAAUGAUAACCCACCUGCCUUUGAGAAGAAAAUGUAUAUAGUCUAUGUACAUGAAAAUAAUCCACAAGGGACUUCAAUACAUAGUAUUCAUGCAUCAGAUCGCGAUAUAAAUGAAAAUGCCAAAAUAACUUACUUUGUUAUUAGUACCAACAUAGAUGGUAUUCCAGUCUCAUCAUAUGUUUCCAUAAACUCAGUGUCUGGAGUAAUUUAUGCUCAGAGAUCUUUUGACUAUGAACAGUUGCGGGAAUUUCAGUUCCAGGUGAUGGCUAAAGACAGUGGAUCUCCUCCUCUAAGCAGUAAUGUCACAGUGAGGAUAUGUAUCAUUGAUAAGAAUGAUAAUGCUCCUAAGAUUCUCUACCCAUCACCAGACACGGAGGGAUCAGCAUUAUUUGAGUUUAUUCCUCACUCUGCUGAGAAAGGUUAUCUGGUCACCAAAGUGAUUGCAGUGGACGCUGACUCUGGACACAAUGCCUGGCUUUCCUAUCACUUACUACAAGUUCCUGAUUCAUCUUUAUUCACCAUUGGCCAAUAUACAGGUGAAAUCAGAAUAACGAGAGAUCUUCUAGAUAGGGAAUCUUUAAGGCAAAAAAUGGUGGUUUUUGCAAAAGACCAUGGAGUUCCAUCCUUAUCAUCUACAGUUACUCUGAACUUCAUAGUUGCAGAAAACUUUCAGCAAGCUGUACCAGAGAUAAUACAUCAACCCAGUAAUUCAGAUUCUUCAUCUAACAUAACUUUCUACCUAGUCGUUUCCAUUGCUUUUAUUUCUUUUAUAUUCAUCAUUAUAGUGAUGAUCAUAGUAAUUUCUAAAUGCAGAAAAUCAAAUGUACCAUUAACUUUUGGAAAUCUUAGUGGAAAUGUGUAUCCUCAGUUCACCCUGGGAUAUCCUUCUGAGAUCAGUGAUACAAGUCUACCUUUCCCAUUCUCAUACGAUGUGUGUGUGACUCUGGACUCAAAGCAAAAUGAAAUUGCUUAUCUGAAACCAGUGCAGAAUGUCCCCACAGAGAAUCUCAUAGACACUGAUGAUUCAACAGUAGAAAAUGAUCAACUAGCCAGGUUGUCAGAUGCUGGCACACAACAGGUAAGAGGAAAGUAUCUAAGUGUAUAA